GAGUUGAUUGAGAGACUAUGUGAGAUAAUACAAAGAGAGAAGCGAUGUCUCAUUGUUUUGGACGAACUUUGGGAACUUUUUCACUGGGAUGAGUUGAAGCAUCCAUUCAUUGUCCAAAAUUUGCAGAGCAAAAUAUUGGUGACAACACGGAAACAAAAGGUUGCAUAGAUUGGAUUGGCAGUGGAACAUGGCCUUUUACAUAUGGAUGCUGCUUUGGAACUUCUUAAAAACAAAGCAUUUCCCCGUGACAACAUUCCAGGUGCGAAGAAGCGAAAAUCUGCCAAGAAGAAGGAAAAUCGAAAUCUGUCUAACAAUCACUCUGAUUCUGCUCCUGCUCACACUCAUGGGGAUGACGAUGUGAAGCACCAAGAUGAUGGAGAGGGGAGCAAUGUUGGUGAGCUAAGCUCCCCUACAUCCGAGGACCACGAGAUGCCAGCUGUCGAAGCUGAGGCCGGAGGUGCUUCUUCCAUGGAAGGAUCAAUAGUUGACAAUGGGGAGGCAGAGAAGGAGAUCAGGAUUGAGGAUGAGUCGGGCGUAAAACAUGGCAUCGUUGCCCAAAAUGGGGCGAACAGGAAGCCGGAUGAUGGAGGCUCGUCCUCAUCCGGGAGCUGUGGCAGCAGCUCAGAUGAUGAGAACCGUGGAAUCAAGAAAAGGCAAGCUGAGUCUAGCAUUGCCUCCGGGGAAUCAUCAGUGGCAAUGGAUGAUUCUUUGUCUGGAAAGCUAGUUGAGCCUGUUUAUGAUUCUCAAGCUGCCAUCUCUGUGGCUCCUGGUGUUGUUGAGCCUACACUUGAGGAAAAUGUGGGGGAAAAGCAUGGCACUGUCGAAGAAAGAACUUGCACGUCCGUGGAAGAAGCAGGUAUUGGAUCUGCUGAAGGCACUCCAAAAACAUCUGAUCCAAAGGAAUAUGUUACACAAGAAAAUAAUACUAGAUCACCAUCUCCUAGAGUUGAUUUAGACGGUGGAGAACAACGCGUUAAAGAAUCUGUAGAUACUCAGGCGUGUGCUGCGUCUGAGCCUUCGAACACAUUCAAGUAUUCUUGAAGAAACUUAUGCUAUAAUGAUUUAUUUGUUUCUACUUUUUGCAGCCAUUUCAGAAAACAUCGUGGAAGACUUGUUGUGGAUUGUUUGAAGUGUUUUCAGUCUGGUGAUUAAUCAAAGGUAAAAUCCCUCCAAAAGCUCAGUAUCCUUUGUGUUUGCUGAUUCACAAUUUGUCACACAAAACAGUUUCUACCAUAUGAUUAUGUAUAUUUCACUUUUUAGUCUAAUGGUCGAGUUAAAUGGCACCAAACAU